CCGGUUUCCGUAAUGUUCGAAAGUAGUAGCUGUCGUAAUGUAAUGUAAUCCGUCUAUGAAUGUAAUCUAAUGCAAAUGUUAUGUUCGCAAAAAAGAUGCAUGGGUACAAUACAAUACAUGGGUUUGGUUAGACAUAAAUGGUACCGUUUUAUCUUAUGUGCCACGGUUAUCGCAUCUUUGUUCGUUUGCUACCUCAAAUUACAGACACUGUCAAACUCCAAAGGACUAAACUUGGUAAUGUUGUAUAGUCGCAGGAUCAAUGAGUGAACACACACUGGAAUAUUUCCUCAACAAGGGGACGAUAAAAAGAAAAGAUGCUGCUGAUAUUGAGUGGUAUCAUGCAGUAAACAGCAAGAGCAAACUCAUAGAGGCUCUUGGAGGUUCUGCACAGAUGAUUGAAGCAGAUGUUCUUCUCAGGGGUCAAGAUCCAAAAGAACCCAUUAUGGCUCACCCGCCUGACAAUGACAGUGAUAUAACUCUGCAGGACUGGCUUAAAGAAGUUGUGAAAUCAGGCAAAGGAAUAAAAUUGGACUUCAAAAGUCUCGCAGCUGUAUCCCAAUCCAUGAUUCUACUUGAAGAGGUCCGAGAUCAGCUGCAGGGACCCGUGUGGAUCAAUGCUGAUGUUCUUCCUGGCCCUGGUGGCAAAGCCACCCCUUUGGACCCUCAUGUUUUUCUACAGGAAGUGGCUCGAAGAUCAGAAAAUGAUGUUCUCUCUUUGGGUUGGACCACUGGAUGGGAUGUAAACGUAGACAAUCGUGGCUAUAGCUGGGAGAUGGUUCAUCAGAUGGAAGAAUUAUGCAGAUCCCUAAAGCAACCGGUCACAUUUCCAGUCCGUGCAGCUCUCAUUCCUGUGUCCUUCCAACAGUUCCAGUGGCUUUUAGAGCGUUCAGACCGGUACAGCCUGACUGUAUGGACAGGCAAGGAUGAUGUUCUUAAUGUGGAAGACCUGUUGCCCUACAGGCAAAACUUCAGCAAAACCAGGAUCUAUUAUGAUCUGUUACAAUCACAGUUCAAACAGUUUAAAGGACUACCUGGCUACUCCUAAAAAAGCAAUUAAUCUUACUGACAUUAGCUAUGCUUCCAUUCGCCUAUUUUUAUGCCUGUUUUGGGAUAUCACAUAAAAAAAAAAAAGGCUGGAUGGAAACACCAAGAUGAGCAGCAUAAAUUAAAAAAAUGUGCAUAAAAAACAUACACUCAAUUGAGGCGGAUAAAUUUUUUAUCCGAUAAGAAGACAUGCUCACAAACUAUGAUGGAAACACAUUUACACACUAAAUCCCUUGAUGUUCAACAA